AUGGUCGCGUGUGGGGCCACGCGGACGGCCUUCAGCUUGCCGGCUCCUCCACCAUCCCACCUCCGCAACCCCCACCCCCUCCGCGUGCCCGUGCGCCGCCCCCGCCUCCUCCCCCUCUGCCACCCCCACCCCCUCCGCGUGCCCGUGCGCCGCCCCCUCCUCCUCCCUCUCGCGCCGUUCCUCCCCCACCUCCUUCCGUUCCUCCUACUUCUUCUGUCCCUCUCGCUCUACCUCUUCCCUCCCGUCUCCUCCUCCUCCGCCUCCCCCACCUCCUUCCGUUCCUCCUACUUCGUCUGUCCCUCCUCGCUCUACCUCUUCCCUCCCGCCUCCUCCCCCUCCGCCUCCCCCACCUCCUUCCGUUCCUCCUACUUCGUCUGUCCCUCCUCACUCUACCUCUUCCUUCCCGCCUCCCCCCCCUCCGCCCCCCUCCCCUCUCCGCCUCCCCCACCUCCUUCCCCAUCUCAUCUCCCGCCUCCUCCCCGUCCGCGCGUCUUGCACCCCCUACCACCUCCCCGUCCGCGCCCCCCGUUCCCCCCACCGCCUCCGCCCCCACCGCCUCCGCCCCUCCGGCCUCCCCCCAUCCGAAACCGUCCGCCGCAGCGCUCCUUCCUUACCGACCUCCACGUGAACACCAUUGCCGCCUCGGUUCCUAAUCUCCGCGCCUUAAACCUCAACAUGCCAGCGGACAUCUCGGCCGCGUGUGUCGAGCACGUGGCCAGCACGCUCCCGCGUCUGACGGCGCUCUCGCUCUGGUCCGACGCGGUCACGUGGGAGUCGGUCGCGCUGCUCCUGGCGCUCCUCCCGUCGCUGCGCCGCCUCUCCCUCGUGUCCGCCGCCUUGGUUCCGCGCGCCCCGCCCCAGCCAGGGCGCACAGCGGCGGGUGCAGCAACAGCGCCGGAUACUGCCGACGACCCCUUCUGGUGCCCCUCAGGGUCAUCCCUCGCGCCCUGCCUCGCCUCCAUCCGCCUGUGCCUCUUCCCCCAUCGCUCCGUCGCCUGGCAUCAGCCUCCUGCUUCCUCGCUGCUGCUCGCCCUCGCUGCUCACUGGAACACACAAGGGAACCAGCAGCAGCAGCAACAGCGGCGGCAGCGCAACAGUGCCAGCCUUUCCGUCCCACGUGCAUCCUCCCCCUCUCUGCGCGCCAUCCACGCCCACAACUCCCCCGCGUCCACGUGGCUGGCUGUGAGCCACCUGUUCCGCCACCUCACCACUCUGGAUUUGUCCCGAACCGACGUGUUGCGCUCCCCACCCCCUCCCGAUGGCGAGCCGGAGAGGAGCGAGGAGGCGCUGUGCGGGGCCAUUGGGGGCCUGCCUCUCCUGGAGCGCCUGGCCCUCCCCCUGGCGUCAGACGCGGUUCUGCUGGAAAUCUCGCAGUUUUGCCCGAAGCUCACCGCCUUGCACGCCCAGCCGCUAACUCGGUUCGUCCCUGUUGCCUCUGCUGAGGGAAGUGGCACCAACGACUUUCUUUACUACACGUCCUCCUAUGCCAGGGCCUCCGUGCGUGUUGCCCUUCCUCCUGUCCAGCCGCGAAUGACUGAUGCAUAA